GGGGACUGCGGAAGCGCGUAGCAGUCCACAGCGUCUCGCACUAGCGACACUUCCGCCCGCACGAGUCCUUCCGGGGUGGGGGGGUCACCAUGGCAGCGGCCUUGGCUCGGCUCGGACUCCGCUCUGUCAAGCAGGUUCGGGUUCAAUUCUGCCCUUUCGAGAAGAACGUGGAGUCGACAAGGACCUUCCUCCAGGCUGUGAGCAGCGAGAAAGUUCGCAGCACCAACCUCAACUGCUCGGUGAUAGCGGACGUGAGACACGACGGCUCCGAGCCCUGCGUGGACGUGCUGUUCGGAGACGGGCAUCGCCUGAUGAUGCGCGGCGCGCACCUCACCGCCCAGGAAAUGCUCACCGCCUUCGCCUCCCACAUCCAGGCCAGGGGUGCGGCGGGGAGCGGGGACAAGCCGGGCGCCAGUACCGGGCGCUGACAGCGCGGAAGAGACCAACAAGCAGGUUUCACCUAAGACUGCUAAGGACACACCUAAGAAGAGCUUGACUUAAUUACUCAAAUCACUACCUAGAAGACCACAGAGCGCAAAAGAGAAAAGAAAGAGCCCCGUGACCACAAAUCCAACCGGUGUUUCUGGGACGAGACAAGAUGGGGAGGGGUCUGGACAAAUGUGAAUUUAUUUCACUUUCUUACCAUCACUCAACGCUUAACCCUUUUUUUUUUUUUUUUUUUUUUUUUUUUUUUUUUUGCGGUAUGCGGGCCUCUCACUGUUGUGGCCUCUCCCCUUGCGUAGCACAGGCUCCGGACGCGCAGGCCCAGCGGCCAUGGCUUACGGGCCCAGCCGCUGCACGGCAUGUGGGAUCUUCCCAGACCGGGGCACGAACCCGUGUCCCCUGCAUCGGCAGGCGGACUCUCAACCACUGCACCACCAGGGAAGCCCAACGCUUAACCCUUUGAAUUUGGCUUCUUCCAGCACGACUCAAGGUGCCUCUUACUCUUGUUAGAAGUGAUGUUUUCUCAGUCCUCAUUUUCCCAUUUCAGUAGCACCUGCCACGCUUAAUUCCCUCCCUUGUGUAACUUCUUUUCCGCUCAGGUCCGUUUUCUUCUUUUAACCAUAAAGACAUACUACGCUCCUUCUUUCUCUUCUCUCUUUUAUUUUUGGGGCAUCUCAUAUUCUGUCAUGACUUGAACUACCCUCUUGGGUUAAACCCUACAUUUCUGUUUGGCUCCAAUCUCAAAUUCUGUGCUAUAGUCAGGGUACUUACUACCAAUUUUCUCCAAAUCCCACCAACACUCUUUGUCUAACCCUAACCCGGUAAUCUUACAUACUCUCUAAAGUUGACCCUUGAACAAUGCAGGUUUGAGCUGCAGAGGUCCUCUUACAUGCCUGCUUUUCAAAUAAAUACAUAGUACAAGUCCUACACGAUCCGUGGUGGUUUGAAUCUGCGGUUGUGGAACUGUGGGUGCUGACUGUAAAGUUAUCCCCCCGUUCUCAACUCCGUGGAGCGGUUGGGCCCCGAACUCCCAUCCCCACCCACUGUUUAAACAGUCAGCUGUACUUGCCUCCUCCCCUGACUUCCUCUUCCUUUAAAAGGCACCUCACCUGCUCCGCCUCUUGAGCUGGAAACCGCAGCAUUAUCUCUGGUUCUGCCCGCUCUCUGCAGAUCCAGUCAGUAAGUUCAUAAUGUUCUGUCUUAAACAAAAGCUCCUGAAAUGUUCUCUACCUUUCCAUUCACUCUCCCGUAUGAUUGUUGCAUUCUCCCACCUGGUCUCCUUGUUGCUAACCGUUUUUGCUGCUGCUUACUUUUAUCUUUCCAAAGCAUAUCAUUGGUUUUAUUAUCACAACUUGUUUCAGAGAACAGUGCCUAAAGUACUUUUUAGGCACCCUGCCUAAAGUGUUUUUCAUACUAGGUUACCACCCAUUAAUGUGGAUCAUGAAGUCAAUUUAGGGGGUUAAAUCAGCCUUUAAAAAACAAAGUAAAAUAGAAUAAAAAGUAUUAGUAGAUGGCACAUGGACUGGGAAGUAUUCUUUAAGAAACGUAACUUUUAAGCAUAUAAUCAUGAGUAUAGAUACAGGUAUUAUACAAAGUAUGUGUAUGUGUGUCUAUCUGCAUGUACUUGGUUGCAGUAUAGAAUUAUUUCUUACCGCAGGUUGUAGGAAAAAAUGCUUGAUAACCACUGGUUUAGAGAAAAACUUCAGAAUGUUCAGCUAGGCAAUCAAGAAUCUCUGGACACUGGCUGCUGUGUACUUCGCCAAAUAUAUUUCCUCCUAUCCCAUUACUGCUGCUCUCUUAAAACGGUGAUAUCUUCAAAGGACUGGUUUUCCCCCCUCUGCCUUAAAAGAAAGAAAACUAUCAGGAGACAGUAUACUGUAGUAAAAAGCCAGAAAGCCUGGGAUUGAAAUCCUAGCUUUUCCCUUAAGUACCUAUGUAACUUUGGACACAUUACUUAGUCUCUCAGUGCCUGUUUCUUCAUUCGUAAAAUGGGGAUAAUAGUACCUACCUCAUAGAACUGUUGAGAGAUUAAAUGAAUUGAUAUCUGGGACUUCCCUGGUGGUCCAGUGGUUAAGACUCUGCUUUUCCACUGCAGGGGGCACGGGUUCAGUACCUGGUCAGAGAACUAAGAUCCCUGCAUGCAGCGUGGCCAAAGAUCAAUCAAUCAAUCAAUCAAUUGAUAUCUGUAAACUGCCUAGAACAUUGAGUGAGCAUAGCAUAGUAUCUAAGAGGCCGUAUGUUAUAGGCCUCUUCAGUGACGAAAGGAUACAACCUAGAUUUGAGUUCUUCAGGUCCAUGGUUAACUGGCUGUUAUCCUUGGCCAGAUUAACUACUCUCAUCUGUAAAAACAGGGAUGGUUCAAACACUGCUGUAAACACGGAUUGAGUGCUGGCACUGUGCUUAUAGAUUGUGAACUUGAGGCUGGGGCUGUUUUCUCUGUGUCCCCCGCACCUUGCAUAGUGCCUGAUACAGAGUGUGCAAUAAACUUUUGUUGAAUUUA